GCGUUUACCGACCGGUGCCGGCCGCGCCAUCGCCGUGUUUACGUUCGCGCGUCUCGCGCACCACGUGUGUCGUGUCGCGAUCAGGUGACCGGGGACGACGGACGUUUUGCGGGAGUUCCGCGCCGUAGCAGGUGUCAGUGACAAUAGCCGUCGAAGCCUCCGCGUACGCGCGAGAUGUUGGAGUCGACUUUCCAAGCCCUGGCGAGCGGUAGGACGAUCCUGGCCAGCGGCUCGCCGAGGCGGUGCGACAUAAUGCGACACUUGCGCAUAAACGCAGAAGUGGUGCCGUCCCUCUACGACGAGAAGCUCGACAGGGCCAGGUACGAGGGGCACGGGGAGUACGUUCAGGACAUAGCCAGGUACAAGGUGCUCGAGGUGUAUGAACGUUUGAAGGCGGACCCAGUGCCGCCGUCCCUGAUAAUAGGAGCGGACACCAUGGUGACGAUGGGCGACGUCAUUUAUGGGAAACCUCGCGACGAGGAGGACGCCUUCCGGAUCUUGUCCAGCUUGGCAAACAGGCAACACGUAGUCUACACCGGCGUGUGUUUGAAAACACCGAGGACCGAGGUCCAGUUUUACGAAUCCGCCAAAGUAAAGUUCGGAGAUGUGUCGGAGAGGCAGAUAAGAGAGUAUAUCAAAACUGGCGAUCCCAUGGAUAAGGCAGGCGGCUACGGUCUUCAGGGUGUAGGCGGCUGCCUGAUCGAGAAAAUAGAGGGUGAUUAUUACACUAUAACGGGCCUGCCGCUGUACUCGCUGGCCAGACAGUUGAACCGAUUGUUCUCCAACGUUUAGCGAGAAUAUCAAUGUUGCGUACCUGUCAGUUACCUGAAACUACCAUUGUACCGUCGUUCCCACAUGAAUAAAUUUUAUCACGCUAAAA